CUAACGCCAGGCUGGCCGCCACCGGUGCUGCGGUUAUCCUGGCGCGUCGCUGGUGCCCGAGGCAUGCACACCCACUCCCAAUUUCGGUGGCUGGUUCGGAGAGGGGCUGGCGUGGCAUGUGGUACCAGGCAUCAAAUCUGGGCCAUUGCACUUGGAGGCAGGUCCUUGGUUUCCAAGUGGUUUAGCAGCUCGAGCAGAACAGCCAUGGUGGCCAGCGAGAAGGAUUUUGAAAAUGCGGUGCAUCAGGUGAAACUGUUGAAGGAGGAUCCAGGAAAUGACGCAAAGCUAAAACUGUACGCCCUGUAUAAGCAGGCCACAGAAGGACCUUGUAAUGUGCCCAAACCACGUGUGUUCGACUUCCUUGGCAGGGCCAAGUGGGAUGCGUGGACCGCCCUAGGCAGCCUGCCCAAGGAAACGGCCCGGCAGAACUACGUGGAUUUUGUUUCCAGCCUAAGGCCUUCACUUACAUCCUCCAGCGGGGAGGGGCCUGCAGCCCACAGGAGCCUGCCUGAGUCGGAGGAUGUUGUGGUGACCUCCAAAGACAGCAUCACUGUAAUUACACUGAACCGGCCGGCCAAAAAAAAUGCCAUCACCUAUCAGAUGUAUCAAGAUAUCACACUUGCACUGAAAGCUGCGAGCAAGGAUAACUCCACCAUCACAGUUUUUACAGGAAAUGGCAACUAUUACAGCAGUGGGAACGAUCUGAGUAACUUCUCUAAUAGAUCCGGCAGUUUACAGCAGAUGUAUGCAGAGAGUGCGCUUACCCUGAGGAAUUUUGUGGACUCUUUUAUCGACUUCCCUAAGCCGCUGGUGGCCCUGGUGAACGGUCCAGCUGUGGGAAUCGCCGUCACCGUGCUUGGGCUGUUCGAUGCUGUGUACGCAUCCGACAGGGCAACAUUCCACACUCCAUUCAGCAGUCUUGGCAUUACCCCGGAAGGAUGCUCUUCAUACACUUUCCCAAAGAUAAUGGGCCCAGCCAAGGCAGCUGAGAUGCUUAUUUUUGGGAAGAAGAUCACAGCAAGAGAGGCAUGUGCUCAAGGCCUUGUUACAGAAGUUUUUCCCCACAACACUUUCCAGAAAGAAGCCUGGGCCAGGUUGACUGCGUACGCCAAGAACCCUCCAAAAGCAAUGAGAAUCGGAAAGCAGCUACUCAGAAGCUUCGGAAAGGAAACUCUGCACGCGGUCAAUGCCGAGGAGUGCAGAGUGCUGCAGGAAAGGUGGCUCUCCGAGGAGUGCGUGAACGCCAUCCAGACUUUCUUCUCCAAGAAAGGGAAACUGUGAGCGCCGCGACAG